AUGCCUUUUAUACCAUGCUUGAAACAUAAAGGAUCUUACAUUCUUUAUAUCAAACUAGAUUAAGAUAAAGCAGAAUUUAUUUGCGAGGAAUGUUGCUUGUAAUUAUAUGAGAUAAACUAAAAUCUGAAUAUUUAAAGAUUAAUUCACAUUAAGAGUGUAUAAUUUCAAAAUUUAAUCUAUAAGGCAUUUAAAUCUCCUUAAUUACUUCUUCCCAAUAUGAAUUAUUCCACUUAACCAAAAUAAAAAUUAAAUGAAUUUGAUAAACUUAAUGAGAACUGCAUAAAAAAUAUUCUCAAAGAUAUCAACACUCAAAUUACCAACAUUUAAAAUUCUUUCCAAUUAGUCUAACAAGAAUUAGAAUAUUAUGCAAAGUAAUUUCUAAAUAUGAAAUAGAAAUUUAAGGAUGAAUUAGAAAAAUUAAUCAAAUUUGAUUAAUUUAAAUAAAUAAUAGAAAAUCUUGAAAAUUUAGGAGAUUCAAUAAACACUCAAAUUAUGGAAUAGAAUGAAAAGAUUUUAUAUUAAUAUUUGCAAGAUCUUAAAAAGAUGGAUCAUACAGAAUUAUAUCUUUAAUUAUUUGAUAAAAUGAAGUAUUUAAGAAUAGAAUUUAAAGAUUUAAAAUAAUAAUAUUAUCCAGAAUGUCAAAAGUUGCAAGAUUAAUUGAAAUCAUUUAGCAUUAGCUAAUUAGGGCUCAUAGAGUAAAUAAAUUUAAUAACGUUUAAAUAAUUUAAUUUUUUGGAAACAUAAUUAUUGUAAGAGUAAUACUAAUAUAAGAUUCUUUGUACAAUUUUAUCCAAAAUAAAUAAAAUAAAUAUUAAUUAUUAAAAAAUAUAUUUGAGUUAUCGAGAUGGAUUGAAUGGAUAAGCCUUUUGGAAUAAAGUAAAUAAUCAAUCAAACUUAUUAAUGAUAUUUAAAUCAAAAAGUGGAAAUAUUUUUGGUGCAUUUUCUCCUUGUUAAUGGGUGACAAAUAGUUCGGGUGGAUACAUUUUUGAUAAUAAUAAUAAAUCAUCUUUUAUAUUUUCAUAGACUCAAGAUUAAAUAUAAAUAUUUCCAAUUAAGGAGGGAAACAAAUAACAUGCUAUUUAUUGUUAUCAAUCAUAUGGACCUACUUUUGGUGGUGGUCAUGAUAUUUAAAUUAAUUCAGACUUCCAAGGUGGAUACUCAAAUUUAGGACAUUCAUAUUCAUGUGAAUAGUAUCAAAUUAGUAAUAAGAGUACACAUUUAUUUGGUUAAUCCACUCCAAAUAUAGUAGAAUGUGAAAUAUUUAUGUUGACAUUUGCAUGA